CUCGUAAAGAAGUUGACGAAUUUAGAUCGGUGGUGAGUGAUGGUGGAUUUGAUUUUGGAGUUGUUGUUGGGGUUUUAGAAGAAAAAAUUUCGGAUGAGGCUUAUAACUCGGCUGAAAGAUCGGAACAUGGUAUUAUUGUCACAACCUAUAGAAAUAUGUGCCGAAAUAUCAAAAACUUAAUCGCUGGUCGAUUAAGUCAAGAAUUUCGUGCCUUAGAAGAUAUAGAAGAUAGAUUUUCUCCGGCAUUAUCAGUAACUCCACAGAUGCCUAUUCCAUCAUCUAUUAAUGGUCAAUCUGACAAGAAUGAUAGCACCAACUCUGUGAAUCUAGAACAGGCACAAAUAGAAUCAGAAAAAACCAUGAAUAAAAUUCACGAUCAAAAUCUAGACGGAUCCUUGUCAUUAUCUAAACCAUCUAUUAAUUCUGAUUCUACAGACCCAUUCGAAUAUAAUUAUGAUCUUUCUCAGCCUGAUAAGAACCAGAUUGUAGAACAAAAUUUAAAACAAGAACUAUCUGCCUCUCCAACCUCCAGAAAAAAUAUAACUA